CGUAAUUUGAAGAACAAAUUCUACAAUGUCGUCUUCAUCAAUGUACAAUGGUCAGCUGCGAAGCUCUGGAAUGCUGUUGAGAGAACAGUUGCUAUAUCUAUUCGAUGGAUUCGCCUUUCUCACCUCGCAGUCGGAUGUGAAGAAGAGGAUUCCGGAUGCCGUGAAUGACAAACAGGAAGCUGUUGCUAUUGCCACUGCGAUACAGGAAGGGCUAUUUUUAGAGAUGGGGAUUGACCCAAGUUUUGGCCUUGCAUGCCUGGCGAAGAUGAAUAUGACUUAUGACAAUGAUCAGGACUUUAUGAUUCGCUUUUAUAAAUUUGUUGCAAAGUAAUCCCUCUCUCAUGCAUCAAUUCGGCUAUAAAUUUUUUGCAUCUUG